AUGCCUAUCCCUAUCCAGCAGCCCAAGUACACCAAGCCUGAGGACUCUGAGGAAGUCCGUCAGCAGGUUGCCAAGAGCCACCAGGUCAUGCGAAACAUUACCUCUGACCGAGUUGACCGACCAAUUGGCCCUUACUCCCACGGUAUGGUUACCACUGUUCGGCCUCUCAGCGGCCUUGUCUUCCUCUGUGGUCAGUGCCCCGUGUUCCCCGAUGGCACUGUCCUCGAAGGAACCGUCGAGGAGAAGACAAGGCUCGUUUGCGAGAAUGCCAAGAAUGCCCUGGAGGCCGCUGGCACGUCCCUUGACAAGGUCGUCAAGGUCACUAUGUUCUUCACCGAUAUCGCCGACUACGACGAGUCCAACUCUGUUUACAUCAAGUACUUCCCUCAUAUCCCCGCUAGAAGUGCUAUGGAGGUUUCCAAGAUCCCUCCUCGUGGAACCACCCUCCAGAUGGAUGUCAUUGCUCUUCAAUAG